UUAAUUGAAGCUGCAGUAUCUAAAAACUCCCUCCCGGCCCGCUCUGCCUCCCCUUCCAGUUCCUCCCCGUUCCUCCCCUCGCCGCGCCGCCCGCCCCCCACGAUCCCACCACCCAAUCUCCCCUCCCCCCCCCCCCCCCCCCCCCCCCUGAAAAUCCCAAUCCACCCAAUGGCGGCCACCGGCGGCAGCGUCCUGCCGACGCACACAGCCCCGUCCGCCCCCGCCUACCACCCUUCCUCCACCAAGCCGCCCCCUCCCCGGCGCCGCUGCCUCUGCCUAUGCGUCGUCGUCACGCUGGCUCUCCUCGCCGCGCUGGCCAUAACCCUGCUUGUCCUCUUCCUGACCGUGCUGAAGGUCCGGGACCCCACGACGCGGCUGGUGUCGACGCGGCUGGCCGGGAUCGCGCCGCGCCUGACGUUCCCGGCCGUGUCGCUGCAGCUGAACGUGACGCUGCUCAUCGUGGUGGCCGUGCACAACCCGAACCCGGCCUCCUUCGCCUACGCGUCGGGGGGCCACACGGACGUGACCUACCGCGGCGCCCAGGUCGGGGACGCGGAGAUCGAGCCCGGCCGCGUGCCCAGCCGCGGCGACGCCAACGUCAGCCUCGCGCUCACGCUCCAGGCCGACCGCUUCGCCGCGGGCCUCGCCCAGCUGGUCGCCGACGUCGAGGCCGGCGCCGUCGAGCUCCAGGCCAGCACCAGGAUCCCCGGCGAGGUCGCCAUCUUCGGCGUCUUCAGGCGCCACGCCGUCGCCUACUCCGACUGCACCUUCGUCUUCGCCGUCCCCGAGAUGCGGGUGCGCUCCCAGCAGUGCCGCGACCGCACCAAGCUCUAGCUGGUUUGGUUGGUUGUUGGUUGCUGCGUACACGUCACGUGGAACGUGCCGCUGUCCGUACGUGUCGCUUGCCUCGUCGCGCAUCCCCUCUUGCUUGUGCUUUGCUUUUUUGCUUUGCUUCCCUGUCACGCCCGCGUCGGUGCUUGGUUACGGUGAGAUACGACUAGUCUAGUGGAUCACGGGUCGUCUUUUGUACAAUUUGAUUAUUGCAGAUAGAGCAGUAGAGACAGAGAGAUAUAUAUGACCAUGUACAUAAUCACAGAAUCGGUUGUGAAUUGAUGGAGCAGCAGCUGCUCUGCUCAUCGUUCUUUUGCUUUGUAUUGAUAAUAAUAAUACUUCACUCGUUCUGUUCGUUC